AUGGAUUUCGCCGCCACGCAUAGCGUGGUGGAGCCGGGGCGAAAGCGCCGCACCACGCCCUUUGUGGUGGUUAUUGUUGGCGAGGUGUUCGACGCCGCCUCCCACCCCCUCUUUCCUGUCGCCCCGGCGGAGGGGCUUCCUUUCGCCCUGCUGCCGAUCUGCAACACGCCCAUCAUCGACUACCUCCUCGAGAACCUCGCGAGGAACGGGGCGAGUGAGAUUUACAUUUUGCUCAAUAGCGAGUCCGUGACGCCGGUGUGCCAGCACCUGCAGGGGAACCGCACCGCCUGCAACGAACCGGGGCAGAAGGGGACGGAGUUUAAGGUGGAGGUGGUGGCGAGCACGCGUAAGAUGACGAGGCUCUUUGACGCCACAACGCAGAUUUUGGAGCAAAACAUCGUACAACAGAACUCAUCGUUUCUGUUUGUGCCGAUUGAAGCGGUUGCGUCGAUGCGAAAUUUGUCGGACCUCUUCGAGACACACCUGCAGCGCGCGACGACGAUUAAAAACUAUGCGGCAACCAUGCUCUGUGCGUCGGUAAAGCCUCUCCUGGAGGACACCCUCCACGACGUGCUUGUGGGGGAGCUCAAUAAGCAGGAGCGGGCGACAAGCAACGCGCUACUAGAGCGUGACCCAGCUAGCUUCGUUGGCGUGGAUAUUCGUGCGGUGGAUCGACGUCCACAUAUGGCUCCAGAAUGCCUGCCGAGCCACGUGACAAUGUUCGCAUUGGAAAAGUCUACCGGGGUUGUGAGAAAUAUGGUGCGUCUGGAGCAAGACGAGGUGACGGAGCCCAUGAAGGUGUGCUUUAGCGUCAAGGAAAAUCUUUCUCUGCGGACAGAUCUGGUGCCCACGGGUUAUUUUUUUUGUUCCGCAGGGGCCUUGUCACUCUUUACCUUUCACACGGUGGACCAGCACGGCUUCUUUGUCAGUCUCCUCGCCAGUCAGGAGUUGUUUGGCAACGUCUUCGGCAUCCAGGCCGUGGCGGCGCCCAUGGACAUUAUUCAGCCCAUCAACAGUCUUAGGUCGUACAUCCAAGUCAACAUUGACGUCUGCUUCCGCCGCUUUUUCCCGCUCACGCGUGAGUCUAGCUUCGCCGGCGACGGAUGCCGCUACGCGGUGUCGCCACACUGUCAGAGCGUCUACCUGCACCAGAAGAAGGCGGAGGUGCUCUCGAACACCUGUGGACCGUGUGUUGUGGUUGGCGAGCAAGCCGUGGUAUCGCCCACCACCGUGGUGCGUGGAAGUGUUCUCGGAAAAGGCGUUCGGAUUGGCGAGGGGUCCACUAUUAUUGGCUGCGUGCUUCUGGACGGGACGGUCGUCGGGCGCGGCUGCUUCUUGAGUCGCUCCCUCUUUGGCUAUAACGUCGUCGUGAACGACAAGGCGGAGGUGUCGAACUGCAUCGUGGGUCAUGGCUCCACCAUUGGUGUGGUCCCACACUGCAACUGCGUCGGAGACGGUAGUUCGCCUGCGCAGGGUGUUGUUCUGCAGGACAGGGUGAUUUCCAACGGCAGGCUCGCCCGCCGCGAGGAGGGGAUGACGAAGGACGGGGACGACGGUGGUGCUGUGCAGCUGCGGCAGGUCAGCAGCAUUGUCCCGACGCGGGAGCUCUUUGUGCGGGACCCGGUUCCAUGCGAGACAGGCGAGGACUCCGACGAUGACGACGACGACGAUGACGACGACGACGAAAAGAUGGCGGGGUUCAAGGAGGCGGUGGCGGAGCUCGUGCGUCAGGCACUGCAUGAUCCCUCCCACAUGUCGCACUGCAUAUUGCAGAUGAAGAACACCCGCCUGUCCUUUCGCUGCAACAAUAGUGAUCUCUGCUUCAUUGUCACAGAGCAGCUUUUGGCGCACGUCUUGGCGACGCAUGCCCACAGCAGCGACCCGAUCGCCGCGAUUGAGGCGGUGAGUAGUCUGCUUGGGCGGUGGUGCCACCCCUUCUACAUGAAGAUGGUGACCGGCAUCGAGGAGAUGCAGGCGAUCCUACGGGCCACCUGCACGGCUAUCGGUGACAGCAACUGCCUCCUGCACCUGCGCGGACCGCAGCUGAUGGAGUGCCUCUACAACGGCUGCGACGACGAGCUGUACGACGAGCGUGGGUACUGCAUCGUCACGGGCGAAUCCCUCGUGGAAUUCGGGGCGCGGAUGCGCAGGCUGGCGCAGGAGCCUCCGGGCCUCGCCGAGGACGAUGAGGAGGCCGCUCGCGAGGAGGGAAUGCUGCGCGUGGCGCUCAGCUGCCUGGGCUUCAUUGACGGCGUGCGCGCCUUUCUUGAGCAGGAGGAGGAUGAGGACUAG